CUCCUUUCCGUUUUGUUGAAAGAGUCAGUAAAAGGAGUUGAUGGCAGUUUUAAGAGCAAGUUACCAUGGAGAAAAGGACAAGCUGCAGUGUGCAGACAUCUACAAACUGUGACAACUCUCUGGAAAUACUGAAUUCUGCCCACCAAGCUACAGGAGCUGUGCAAAUGAGAAUCAAAAAUGCCAACAGCCACCAAGACAGGCAGAGCCAAACUAAAUCCAUGAUCCUCACCGAUGCUGGGAAGGUCACUGAACCUAUUUCCCGGCACAGAAGGAAUCAUUCACAGCAUGUGUUGAAAGAUGUCAUUCCACCACUAGAACAUCCAAUGGUUGUAAAAGAAGGGUAUCUUCAAAAAGCCAAAAUUGCAGAUGGAGGAAAGAAACUAAGGAAAAACUGGUCCACUUCCUGGAUUGUUCUUUCUGGUCGAAAAAUUGAAUUUUACAAAGACUCCAAGCAGCAAGCUCUUCCUAACAUGAAAACCAGACACAACGUGGAAAGUGUGGAUUUGUGUGGUGCACAUAUAGAAUGGGCCAAAGAAAAGUCAAGCAGGAAGAGUGUCUUUCAGAUCACAACAGUAUCAGGAAAUGAGUUCCUUCUACAGUCGGAUAUUGACUUCCUCAUAUUGGAUUGGUUCCAAGCUAUCAAAAAUGCAAUUGACAGAUUGCCAAAGAAUCCAAGUUGCGGGUCCCUGGAGUUGUUCAAUUUGCAGCGAUCCUCAAGUUCUGAACUGCCGAGUCAUUGCCACAUCGAUAGAAAAGAACAGAAACCAGAACACAGGAAGUCCUUCAUGUUCCGACUGCAUCACAGUGCUUCUGAUACAAGUGACAAGAAUCGCGUGAAGAGCAGACUGAAGAAGUUCAUCUCCAGAAGACCUUCUCUGAAAACUUUGCAAGAAAAGGGAAUCAUUAAAGAUCAAAUUUUUGGCUCUCAUCUGCACACAGUGUGUGAACGAGAACAUUCCACAGUUCCAUGGUUUGUAAAGCAAUGCAUUGAAGCUGUUGAAAAAAGAGGCCUAGAUGUUGAUGGAAUUUAUCGAGUUAGCGGCAAUCUUGCAACAAUACAGAAGUUAAGAUUUAUCGUCAACCAAGAAGAGAAGCUGAAUUUGGAUGACAGCCAGUGGGAGGACAUCCACGUCGUCACCGGAGCACUGAAGAUGUUUUUCCGGGAGCUGUCUGAACCGCUCUUCCCUUACAGUUUCUUUGAGCGGUUUGUGGAGGCGAUCAAAAAACAAGACAGCAAUGAAAAAAUUGAAACUAUGAGGUCUCUGGUAAAAAGUCUCCCUCCAGCAAAUCGUGACACCAUGAAAAUCCUCUUCAGACAUCUAACCAAAUUCAUAAUCUUCAAACGCACCAGCUUCUUGAUUUCCAAUCAGAUGGGAUUUAGCCUGAUCCAGACCCCAGCUGUGUCCUGUUCCUGCCUACUAAGGGCACUGCAUCAGAGAACAUGUUUUCUCUCUAGAGGGAGACCUUUCCAAGACCCUGCCUCCCGACUCUCCCUUAAAACAUUCCACCAGCAAAAUUUCACACAGCAUCCUACCCUGGGCUCAAAUCCCUUCCUGUCCUUCAGUAUCUCUUUGCUUGGCUGCUGUGAAGUUUACCAGGAAGUGUCCAUCUGUUACAUUCAAGCAUCCCAAAGAAAGGAAAAGGACAGCAAUGUUCAACUGCAGAGGAGAGAGCAUUAGUGGAACGGAGUUGCCUGAAAGGACUGAGCCUCAGAAGAUGACCUGGGAGAGGGACCUGGGCUCCAGAUGCCCCAGCCCUUCAGGCUGCCAGGUGAAGACAGCUUUCAAUCUGGAGGAGGCUCAGGACACUACUGAAACCAAAAUUGGUUUGCACUCACUAUUUCCUUAGCUAUCAGUUCCAAGGUCACAGUCACUAAAACUGGAAACUCUAAAAUGACUUCAAAAAGGCAAACGCUAACCAGAUUUCACACUGGAUUUCAUUUUACUUGGCAUUACAGAAAGAAUGCAGGUAUUAAAUAGACUGCUUCCUGUAUACAAUGAGGUUAAUUAGUGGUGAGGGAUGGAAAAUCAGUGUAGACAUAACUCUUUUCGACAGGUAUCAAAAAUAAUCCCCUGAUCCCUGCAGUCCCCAGCUGCAUUGAAAGAGGAGCAAUAUAAAAGACUCUUUAAGCACAAAUUUUUCAAACAUUCUCCAGGUGUCCUUGCCCAGUUAAAUAGGCCCCGAGAUCCCUGCUCCUGUGCCAUUUCUUGCUCUUGCUUAGAGGCUCAGCUACUCACACUGAAUUUUUGUGGUGCCCAGAAAGGCUUUCCUACAAAGUGGCUGAGAUUGCACACAGAGACAGACAAGAGAACAAAAAAGUGCUGUACCGAGGCCUGAAUGGGACUUCCCUAAGCUCCUUAUCAAUAAGGUUAAUAAGGGUCUAUGCAAUUACUGAUCACUGUAAGGCAACAACCUCCUUGCGCUCCCAAUCUCCACGCUGCUGCUGCUGCCUGUUAAGACCUUCCACAGCCAAUCACAUAAAAGAGCCUUUGCCUGCACUCCAGAGAGGACGCCCCAGUUCAGGAUCCUGGCCUCUAUAAAAUCGCUGGUCUGUUAUUACACUCCUACCUGCCCUAGUUAAGCAGAUUAACGGUUAUUUCCUAGAAUUUGAUCAUGAGGUUCUUUGUAAUUGAAGCUGGAGUACUCAGAUAUUACUAAAAAAUGUAUUUCUGAGAAACACACUCCUUUUUUCCUCUGGUUUAAUUUUGUUAUCCUCAAUCGUAUGCACGAUAUGAAAAAAAAAUCCAAACUUCUAUCUCCUCUAUAAAAUACAUGUCAUAUCAAAAAGGUGACAAGAGGGGGGAAAAGUAAUUAGUGAGUUCACAGAGUUCAGUGGAAAAGUUAAAAUGGAGUAACACAUUACUUUUUAUGUUAAGAUUUCACAAGACAAAUCUUGCCUGUGUUUUAAUUGCAUGUGACCCUGGCAGUCCUACUCUGAAAUGAAGUGCCGUAAAAUUAAAGAUGACAGUCGCUCAAAACAAGUCUUGUGAUCUUGAUUAAACUACAAAGACCACACUCUCUCUGCUGUAACUCAGAUAUCAUGGACUGUUUUAUUUGGGGAAUUGCUUCAUUAAUGCCUUCUUUGACUAGACAUGUUUAUUAUUAAAAAAUACUGAAUAUGC